AUGCAGCUGUUGGCAAAGUCGAUCCUAUUGGCAGACCAAGUGGCCAAGGCAGCGGAAGAGUCCAGUUCCUCGUUCAAGCAAGAGUGCUUAGAACUCAAAUCAAAGACAGACAAACUCGCAGGGCUUCUUCGACAGGCCGCACGUGCGAGCUCCGAUUUGUACGAGCGUCCGACGCGGCGCAUCAUCGCCGACACCGAACUCGUACUCGACAAGGCCCUGUCUUUGGUUCUGAAAUGCCGCGCCAAUGGCCUCAUGAAGCGCGUGUUCAGCAUCAUUCCGAUGGCGGCGUUUCGCAAGAUGUCAUCCCAGCUCGAGAAUUCCAUCGGCGACAUGUCGUGGCUCCUCCGGGUGUCGGCUCCGGCGGAGGAUCGGGGGGACGAAUAUCUCGGCCUCCCUCCGAUCGCCACGAACGAGCCCAUUUUGGGCCUCAUUUGGGAGCAGGUGGCUACCCUCCAUACGGGCUCACUCGACGAUCGAUCUGACGCAGCAGCCUCGCUGGUGUCGCUCGCACGUGACAACGACCGUUACGGGAAGUUGAUCAUAGAGGAAGGUGGGGUUGGACCCUUGUUGAAGCUGAUUAAGGAGGGUAAAAUGGAAGGUCAAGAGAACGCUGCCAGGGCUAUUGGGCUUCUGGGCCGUGACCCUGAGAGCGUGGAGCUUAUGAUCCACGCGGGUGUGUGCUCUGUCUUCGCCAAAGUCCUCAAAGAAGGACCCAUGAAAGUUCAAGCUGUGGUUGCCUGGGCCGUGUCUGAGCUGGCAGCUAAGUACCCUAAAUGUCAAGAUCUUUUCGCUCAGCAUAAUAUCGUUCGCUUGCUUGUAAGCCAUCUUGCAUUUGAAACCGUUCAGGAGCAUAGUAAAUACGCAAUUUUUAGCAACAAACCCACAUCAAUCCAUGCUGUUGUGAUGGCUAGUAAUAAUUCUAAUGGCAAUAGUGUGAUAAAGGAGGGUGAAUAUGAGGAAAGGCUGAUGCAAAGUCGAAUGCAGCAUCCCUUGGGAAAUAAGUACACAAAUCAGAUGCAUAAAGUGGUCACAAGCACCAUGGCAAUGCAUGCUGCCAACAAGCAACAGGUACAGUCCAAUCAAGACAAUGAGGUGACUCAGAACUCACAAGGCGUUCAGCCAAAGGCCAAUGGUAAUGGUAAGCAAAACCAUCAGUCCCACCAGCAAAGCUAUACCUACUCUGGGAUUAACAUGAAGGGAAGGGAACUAGAGGACCCUGAGAAUAAGGCUUACAUGAAAGCAAUGGCAGCAAGAGCCCUCCGACAGCUCGCCAAGGGAAACGUAGCCAUUUGUCGGAGCAUCACUGAAUCGAGGGCUCUGUUGUGCUUUGCCAUUCUCCUUGAGAAAGGGUCUGAAGAUGUGAAAUACAAUUCUGCCUUGGCUGUGAAGGAGAUCACGGCAGUGGCAGAAAAAGAUGCAGAAUUGAGGAGAUCAGCUUUCAAACCCAACUCUCCUGCAUGCAAGGCGGCUAUUGAUCAAGUGCUGAAGAUCAUAGAGAAGGAAGAUACAAAACUUCUGAUUCCUUGCAUAAAGGCUAUUGGGAAUUUGGCAAGGACAUUCCGGGCAACGGAGACAAGGAUAAUUGGUCCCUUGGUCCGGCUUCUUGAGGAAAGAGAGGCAGAAGUGUCAAGGGAAGCAGCAAUCUCUCUCACGAAAUUUGCCUGCUCGGAAAACUACCUCCAUCUGGAUCACUCAAAGGCAAUUAUAAGUGCAGGAGGUGCAAAGCACUUGGUCCGGCUUGUGUAUUUUGGCGAACAGACAGUUCAGAUUUCAGCUCUGGUUCUGCUCUCCUACAUUGCAUUGCAUGUGCCAGACAGUGAGGAACUUGCUCGGGCCGAGGUUCUUGGAUUUCUUGAAUGGGCUUCCAAGCAACCUAACGUGACGCAGGAUGAAACCCUCGAGGCAUUGUUGCAGGAAUCCAAAGGUAGGCUGGAGCUUUAUCAGUCUAGAGGUUCAAGAGGAUUCCAAAAAUUACAUCAAUAG